UGCUCCAAGUUGCUCGGCAAUGAAGACGUACAACAGCAAACUGAUUGUGGAUGGAAUAUUAAAACUCAGUUUUCCGACGAUUUUGAAUGUGACUUCAGUCAACACACAAGUAGUAAGCUGCAGGAAAUGGUCGGUUCCCGUUGGCGCGGGAAUUUGAGGUGAAGUUCAGCUUCAAAUCUAAUCUAAUGGGGGAUACAGUGUAUAAUAAAACCCAUCGCUCCGCCAUUGGACAUAAAGCCCUUUGAACAUGUACAGUAGCUACAGCCAGAGCUUUAUCUACUUCCGCACCGGCAACUAGAGACCGUAAUGAUAUGGAUGAAAAUGGUACUGCACCACUGAUUAAAAUCGAACCAAAACAAGAACAAGAAAUCCAUUCAGAUCUUCGGGGAAGUAUUUUAGUAAGCAACGAAGCGGUGGUUACAGUAAAGGACGAAAUUACCAUCACUGCACAGUGUUCAAAAUCGCUCAAUAUUGAAGGGGUACAACAACAAACUGAAUGGAGUUGGGAUAUUAAAACUCAAAUUUCCAACGUUAUUGAAUGUGACUUUGAACAACACACAACAGACAGGGGUCUGCAAGGUAAACAACAUCUAUUGAAGCAUAAUGUUUCUAAAGGCUUUAACUGUGCUCAUUAUGAUUAUGGAACGAAGAAUAACCAACUGUUUCAACAGCACAUUUUAACACACAAACGUAAUGCGCUACAAUGCCCUAAUUGUGAUUACAAAAUACAUAAAAAAUAUCUCUUAAAACGACACCUUUUAAAACAUAAAAUUUCUAAAGAUAUUAAAUGUGCUCAUUGUGAGUAUAGAACAAAUAAUAAACGUAAUCUGAAACGCCACCUUUUAAACCAUGUUGAUUUUAAAUUUUUUAAAUGUGCUCAUUGUGAUUUUGGAACAAAUGAUAGGCAAUGUCAUAAACUACACCUUUUAAAACAUACCUAUUCUACAUAUCUUAAAUGUACUAGUUGCGAUUAUAAGACAAAUAACAAAUACCGCUUUAAACGGCACCUUUCAAAACAUUCCUAUUCCAAAGAUUUUAAAUGUGCUAAUUGUGAUUACGAGGCAAAUAGCAAAUACUGCUUAAAACAACACGUUUUGAAACACACCGGUUUUAAAGAUUAUAAAUGUGCUGAUUGUGAUUACAAGGCAAAUAACAAAAACUACUUAAAACGUCACCGUUUAAUACAUAUCGAUUCUAAAGAUUUUAAAUGUGGUACUUGUGGUUAUCACACAACUGAUAAAUACUGCUUUAAACGACAUCUUUUAAAACAUUCCAAUUCUAAACAAUUUAAAUGUGCUCUUUGUGAUUACGAGACCAAUAUCAAAUACCACUUUAAACGACACCUUCUAACACAUACCGAUUCUAAAGGUUUGAGGUGUGCUAAUUGUGAUUACCAAACAAAUGAUAAAUACAACUUUAAGCAACACCUUUUAAAACAUACCGAUUCUGAAGAUUUCAAAUGUGCUAAUUGCGAUUACAAGGCAAUUAACGAAUACUGCUUAAAACGACACCUUUUAAAACAUAUCGAUUCUAAAAAUUUUAAAUGUGCUCAUUGUGAUUACGGAUCGAAUAAUAAACGGUAUCUUAAACGACACCUUUUAAAACAUGUAGAUUCUAAAGAUUUUAAAUGUGUUCAUUGUGACUAUAGCACAAAUAUUAAACGAUAUCUUACACGUCACCUUUUAAACCAUAUCGAUUCUAAAGAUUUUAAGUGUGCAAAUUGUGAUUACGAGACAAAUAACAAAUACCACUUUAAACGACACCAUUUAACGCACACGUAGUUCUAGGAGGGAUAUUUGUAAAUGUUACGAGGUGCUCACUUCAAAAAAACAAAAUAAAAACCAAGUAUUAAUAGCUUAAGCAUUUGGAAGGACCAAAACAGGUUUUUUUUAUAUUUACAUGAAUUUCUGAAAACCAAUUUUGACUGGGAAUUAAACGGCUUAAUAAGAAAAGUUAUCGUUGUAAUUUGCAAUUUUGAUAAAAAUACAAAACACUGCCAUUUACAUAGCUAGGAGAAAGUGUACCUUAGCUUUAUCAUUUACCUCCCUCACCACUAGCAACCGCAAUUUAGCAUCAUACUGUUGCGUAAACUGCAGGGGGUCUCGUUUCUCUACGUUGAAAUAAUACCGACGAUGAGAGCGAACCACCCUGUAGUUGAAAAUUUAAGUGCUGUAAACGUAAUUUAGGUUUAGUGUUAAGCCGGAUUUAUAGUUCCGUAGCCGUAAGAACGGAACCGUAAAAUCUUACGUU